CGAAGACAACCAGCGCUAGGACCCAGUGGAGCCCGGGCGCGCCCCAGAGCCAACCAGGAACUGGGCGCCUGCCUGUGUUUCCCCGGCGAGGCGAGAGCGGCGGCCCCUUUGCAAGGGAAGCCGGCUUUUCGGGCAGCGCCCAAUCCGAGAGGCCGGGGGCGGGCUCAGUCCCGAGGAUCUCCCAUCCAUGCCCGCCCUUCGGUUCGGAGACCCACUCGCUCUCCUCUCGGAAUGGACGCGGAGGUGGACUCCGAGAGCAGCGAGGGCCAGGCGGCGCCUUUCAAGGUGUACAAGCGGCGCUGGCUGCUCCUGGCCGUGGUCUGCCUCCUUAACGCCUCCAAUGGCAUGGAAUGGUUGACAUUUGCUCCAGUGGCUGAUAAAACAGCUGAAUAUUUUCACACGACAAUGAAUAUAGUCAACUGGCUUUCGCUUGUGUUCCUUGUGAUUUCGGUUCCCAUGGGGCUCCUGGCAAUAUGGAUUCUGGACACCAUUGGACUUAAAUGUGCUAUUUUACUCUGUGCCUGGCUAAACAUGAUUGGGAGCAUCAUUCGGAUUUUCAGCACUGUCAGCUUCCUGAGCCUGGGCUCGCUCAAUAUCAUAUACCUGCUGGUAGGACAAUGCCUUUGUGCAGUGGCCCAGCCUCUUAUCAUUUUUUCACCAACCAAACUAGCAGCGGUAUGGUUCCCAGAGCACCAGAGAGCCACGGCCAAUAUGAUUGGUUCAAUGUCCAAUCCACUGGGCAUGCUCAUUGCUAACCUGUUGUCACCUGUGAUCGUAAAAGAAGGAAAAGAUAUUCCUUUAAUGCUUGGAGUGUAUGCAGGCCCUGCUGUGUUUGCCUGUGUCCUGGCCACGGUGGGGGUUCACAACAAGGUCCCUCCAACACCCCCAUCUGUGAGUGCCACCCACCUUGAUGCUCCUUCCUUCUGUGGUGGCUUGAAGAUGCUUAUGCGAAAUGGUCCUUACAUCAUCCUGACACUCUGCCUUGGGGGAGGAGUCGCAAUUUUUACGUGUUACAGUGCCCUGUUGGAACAAGUGCUGUGUGCAAACGGAUACUCAGAUCUCUUUGCAGGUGUGACUGGUGCCUUGUUUACUGUGUCCGGACUCAUUGGAGCCUUCUUCCUUGGGUUGUAUGUGGACAAGACAAAGAAAUUCACAGAAGCCUGCAAGAUCUCUUUUUGUCUAGCUGCCCUGCUUGGCAUUGCCUUUGCCGUGGUGUCUCAGCUUAGAAACCAGACCUAUGUUUUGGCAACCAUCAGCUCACUCUUUGGCUUAUUUGGAUUUGCUGUUUAUCCUGUUGCCUUGGAGCUAGCUGUUGAAUGCUCCUACCCUGUAGGAGAAGGAACAACAUCUGGGCUGAUUUUUAUCACAAGCCAGCUCCUAGGAGUGCUCUUCAUGAUUUUGUUCCAAAGUUUGACUGUGGAGAAGGAAAAUGCCUCUCUUUCUACCUGUACUACAGACCAAGGUGGAACACUGGACUGGUCAACUCCGAUGCUAGUGAUGGCUGGAUUGUGGACUUUUAUAGCCUGUUUUUUCACUGUGGCUUUUCACACCAAUUACAAGAGAAUCUAUGCAGAGACAUCUCAUGCCUGUUCAGUCAACAAGACGGAAGAUGAUUUUGCAGUAACAGGACAAACAUGAAAUGUUCCCAGUUGAACUCUUGGACUCAUGCAAGUGCCUUUAAAAGUUGCUGGAACUUCAAAGAACUCAAGUACCCCAGCUACACAAAACAGCACAGUAAAUUAUUUGUUGAUGGAAACGGACUGGAACAAGAGUUGGGGAUUGAAGCCACUGCUUCUUAAACUGGGGGUCCCGUGGGUCCCGUAAAAGUUUUCUGAAUGCCACCUAAGGACUGUUUUAGAAAUUUACACAACUCUUUUGUGCCAUGUUUACAGUGGACUCUGCAGAAAAUGCUUCAGCUAUACUUCAUAAAAAAGAAAAUCAGCCUGUUCA